AAUUUGUUAAUCCAAGACUCAUUGUAGCUUAAAAUUGAUUCCACGUUUCGUUUCAGUCACGAACAACAAUGUGCAGUAUUGGUGAAGACGAUUUCGGAGACGAAGGCGGGCAGCACGCCAUGAAAGAAUGUUCACCGGAAAUCGAAACCAACCCGGUGGAUGAAAUUUGCCGCAAAUGUAACGAAAAACCUGCGGUUUUGAAGCUCAAUCUCAAGGAACCUCAAUGUCGACAGUGCUUCCUACACUAUGUGCGGCACAAAUUUCGAGCGUCAAUGGGAGCUACCAAAAUAGUUCGCCGUGGAUCCCGUGUAAUGGUGGUAUUUGAUGGUUCGGCAGAUAAUGUGGUUAUGAUGGAUAUGAUCCGGUACGGUUUACAGCAAGAAGCAUUCAAAAAGCUGAGGAUUAUUCCCGUCGUUUUGUUGCUUGGGGAAGACUUCAUUGAGCAGGACGAUUCGGGCUAUCGGAAGGCUCUUGAGGAGAAAAUAACUUUGUUGAAACAAUUUGAUUUCGGCGCCUAUUUCGCUGUCAUAGGAGGAAGCCAGUAUUGCGCAAUCGAACAAGCUAAUUUGUGGAACCAGUUCCAAGAGGAUAUCUUCAGGUUUAGAAAGGUUCUCAACAGCAUAAAAAGUACUACAUCGAAGCAAGAUUUCAUAACUCAAACCAAAAAGCGAACACUACGCAAUAUUGCCAAAAAACUUGAGUGCCCUUAUAUUUUCCUAUCAGACAUUGGAGUCGACCUGGCCAAAUCGCUUUUAUCGAAUGUUGCCCUUGGAAGAGGUCGUUCGUUAUCUCUGGACAUUGCCUUUUGUGAUGAUCGGGAUGAAAGUUGUAAAAUCAUUAGACCCAUGCGAGACCUUAACCCUGACGAAAUAGAAAACUAUUUCAAGCAUUCUGAAACACCCUUGAAUAAGAUUAUAACGAAGUUACCGUUCGAUGAGCUACCUAGUCUACAGAAUCAGGCGGCAAAAUUUGUAGACGAUUUACAGGCGACUUUCCCCUCAACAGUUUCCACAGUUUACCGAACAGGAGACAAGUUUUCAGCUCCUUGUCUACCGGAAGCCAAUAAUGAUGGAUGUGAUCCACAUAUAUGGGACAUGUUCGCUAAAAAGUUACAGAUAAAUCAAGAACCAAUCGCUCCAACAAGGUGUAAAUUUUGUCAUUCAGAGUUAGACUACCAAGGCUCAACAACGCUACUAGCAACAGAAUUUUCUCGCAUGGUUUCAACAAAAAUAAACGUUCAACUCAGUCACGAGCUUAUAGUGUCCAGUACAAAUGCUAUGGAAGAGGAAGCAGUUCGAGCACUUGAUGGCGACUUGGAAUCCGAUGGGUUUGGUUUGCUUAAAAAAGAAUUGUGUCAUGGAUGCAGAAAUAUUUUUGUUGGGUUUCAAGAUAAUUAACUUUGGGAAAAAAAAUGGUCAUUAAAGUUGUAAAUUUUA